AUGCGCUCCGCGGUCAAAAUCUUUUAUCUGGCCGUGUGCGCCUUGUCUGGGCUUUCUCUGGCUGGAAGCUCUGACGACUCGUCUGAUGUCAACAGUCAUGACUCUUGCGCGUUCGACCCCUCCGCCACCAUCUCCGACGCCUGCGUCUCCUACGCCACAGUCGACACACUCAACGACCACGUCUACUCCCUCCUCCAAGGCCUCACCCAGGAAACCGAUUUCUUUUCCUACUACCGCCUCAACCUCUUCAACAAAGAAUGUCCCUUCUGGUCCGACGCCAACAGCAUGUGUGGCAACAUCGCAUGCGCUGUGAACACCAUCGACGACGAAGAGGAUAUUCCGCCCACGUGGCGCUCCGAGGAGCUCAGCAAGCUCGAGGGCCCCAAGGCGGGUCACCCGGGCCGCCGGCAACAGCGCGAACGGCCGCGCGAUCGCCCGCUCCAGGGCAUGCUGGGCGAAAAUGUCGGCGAGAGCUGCGUGCUGGAGUAUGAUGACGAGUGUGAUGAGCGGGAUUACUGCGUGCCUGAGGACGAGGGGUCUAGCGGCAAGGGUGACUACGUCAGUCUGGUUGAUAACCCCGAGCGUUUCACCGGGUACAUGGGACAGGGCGCCCGCCAGGUCUGGGACGCUAUCUACCGCGAGAACUGUUUCCUGAAGCCGACGGCUGAGAUGGAUCUGUCCCCCAACCCGGGCGCUUCGCAGCUGGGCGGCGGCGGUCUCCAAGGCGGCGGCCUCCAGGCCGUCAACGACUUCCGCAACGUCAUCCAGCAGGAGAUGAGGCGGCCCGAUGGCCCCCCGCUCGACGACGAGUGCCUGGAGAAGCGGGUCUUUCACCGUGUCAUCAGCGGGAUGCACGCGUCCAUCACGACGCAUCUCUGCUGGGACUACUUCAACCAGACGACAGGCCAGUGGCACCCGAACCUCCAGUGUUUCAAGGACCGGCUACACGACCACCCCGAGCGCAUCUCCAACCUCUACUUCAACUACGCGCUCGUCUCGCGCGCCGUGGCCAAGCUCCGCAAGCACCUCGAAACCUACACCUUCUGCAACAGCGACCCCGUCCAGAACGCCGAGACCCGCGACAAGGUCUCCCAACUGACGACCGUGCUCGCCGACCGCCCGCAGAUCUUCGACGAGAACCUCAUGUUCCAGGACCCCAGCGCCGCCGGCCUCAAGGAGGACUUCCGCAACCGCUUCCGCAACGUCAGCCGCCUGAUGGACUGCGUCGGCUGCGACAAGUGUCGCCUGUGGGGCAAGCUCCAGGUCAACGGGUACGGCACCGCGCUCAAGGUCCUCUUCGAGUACGACGAGACCAAGAAUGGCGAGAACCCGCCCCUGCGCCGCAUCGAGCUGGUCGCGCUGGUCAACACGCUUGCCCGCAUCUCGCACAGUCUCGCUGCCGUAAGGAGCUUCCAGCGCGCAAUGGAGAUCGGCGAUGGCGGCGUGUUCGCCAUGCCCGCCGGGUCGGCGUCGCCGCUCCGCGAACAGGGCGGUGGUAAACGGACGAGACGGCUGGUCAAGGACGGCGGGUCGACAUUUUACUACGAGGAAGACGACGACGACUACGUCUAUAUGACGGAGAAGAUGCCGUGGGAGCGGACGCCGCGUCGGGAUACCGACACCGUUUGGGAUGAUGUCAAGGCUGAGUUUGCUGUGGUGUGGGACACGUACAUGUACGUGUUGAAGUCGUGGUGGUAUCUUCCGAAGACACUAUUCGAGCUCGGCGUUCUCGAGUUCAACCGGCUUUGGAACUACUGGCUGGGACUCCCCGUUCCCCCGCGCGCAUGGCGAAUCCAGAAACCUCGAUCGUCGGAUGAGGGUUCUGAUCCCAACGCCUUGCGCAUCUCCAUGGCGUCGGUUUCGCCACCUAAACCGUGGGAGAGAGCCGGUGCUGCUGCCGGAAGUCCCGCGUUGUCAAAUUCAUCUGGUUCUGCCACCUCUAUACCCCCAGUCUCCACUACCUCGGCUCCGACCGCGACCGCGACCACCUCCCCCGUCGCCGGUCCCUCUCUCCCUGAUCGUCCGGACACGUUGAAUUCGGUCGUGAAUCGCACAGCUUCGAACUACUCUCCUUACGGCGCCUCGCGUUUCGGAACCGGUAUGGGGUCGACUCUGGGAACCAGUCCCUAUGGUGGUUACGGUGGCAUGGGCGGCUAUUCGUCCCCGUACUCGCGCCUUGGAUCUAUGGGGUCCAUGUACGGCGGUGGUUAUGGGGGCUACGGAGGCGGUAUGUAUGGUGGGAUGGGUGGCAUGGGCGGCAUGGGCGGCAUGGGCGGCAUGGGCGGCAUGUAUGGCGGCGGGAUGCCUGGCGACCCGAACGAUCCCAACAGCCUGACCAACUCGUUUGGUCAGAACACCCAGGCGACCUUCCAGAUGAUUGAGAGCAUCGUUGGUGCGUUUGGUGGAUUCGCGCAGAUGCUGGAGAGUACCUACAUGGCCACCCACAGCUCGUUUUUCGGUGGGUUUUUCUUUUCUUAUAUGGACUUCGUGGCUGAACAGUUCGGCAACCUCCGCAACACCCUAGGGUCCGCCUUGGGUAUCUUCACGAUCAUCCGAUGGUUUAGAACCCUGAUCGCCAAGAUUACCGGUCGCCCUCCCCCGGCAGAUGCGACGGCCCUGACGCCGUCGGCCUUUGCGGCCUUUAUGACCGGGCGGGCUUCCCCCGCGACCCUGCCGGACGGGUCCCCGGCCCCGCCCCGGCCCUCGAAGAAGCCGUUCUUCAUGUUCCUCGUGGCCCUGUUCGGCCUCCCCUACCUGAUGAGCAAGCUCAUCAAGACUCUGGCGCGCUCGCAGGAAGAGCAGCGCCGGCAGCUGAUGGGCCCCAACGGCGAGCCCCUCUCCCAGAACCAGGUCGACCCGUCCAAGCUGGACUUCUGCCGCGUCGUGUACGACUACACCCCGGAGUCGCAGGACAGCCAGGGCAUCGACCUCGCCGUCAAGAAGGGCGAGAUCGUGGCGGUCCUAAGCAAGUCCGACCCCAUGGGCAACGCCUCGGAGUGGUGGCGCUGCCGUGCCCGCGACGGCCGCGUCGGCUACCUGCCGGGUCCCUACCUCGAGACCAUCCAGCGCAAGCCGGCGGCCAUCACGGCGGGCGAGGAGGCGCACGGGCCUGUCAACCCCGUCGCUGUGGCGGCGGAGACCGCCGAUGCCAAGAAGCCCGAACUGCAGAGCAAGAUGGGCGAUAUUUCGCCCCAGAGUUUCCAAAAGAGUGCAUUUUACACAUGA